AUGUCGUCGGUCUCAGGCGGCCACAGCGCCUCACCGUACCUCCGACGCUACCGUAUCCCACAGCUGAACACGAUCCGAUCGCACUACAUGGACGACGAGUUCGACGACGAGAUUUGGGCCGAAGUGCAAUUGUCGAAGGAGGAACUCAUCCGGAUUCGAAUGGUUCGUUUUCACUGGCCACACAAUGGUCCCGAGGAAUUGAUGGUCCCCAACGGAGGGGCGACUAUCAAUUUGGGCGAUCUUGAACGAGUGUCGAAGAAAAUCGCGAAUGCGCAUUUUAUUGGGAGAGAAGCUUAA